AUGGUAAGUGGAAAGGGCCCAGUACCGAAUCAGGCCGACACGGUCGCAUUCUGGCACAGCGUGUGGUCAGAGCCUGUAAAACACAACGAGCGCCCUUGGACGGAAGUUGUGGCGAGUCAGUGUGCGGUUAUUACGCCCAUAGACCCCGUCAUCAUAACGCCGGAUGACGUAGCUGAGGCGGUCCGUAGGGCUCCGAACUGGAAAAGUCCGGGGCUUGACGGGCUGCAUCACUACUGGCUGAAGGGAUUCAUGAUGGAGGAGGAAAAGAAAUCACCAAACGUGAUAAAAUCAGCAACCAAAACAAAGAAUACGUUCCAUUCAGAAACAAAAAGUAAGGGUCUCGUGUACGUGCAGAAGCACGUGCGGGAGAACGAACUUGCCAAACUUAUGGGACUCAAGAAGGACUUUCGUAAUAUUCAGCAUUUCCUGAGCGAAACAGAUCUAGAUAAAGAGAACUUUCCGGACAGAGGCGUUAAGCUGAUAGAAAAGCUGAUUGCCCUCGAGCAGGAGAUGAGACAUAAGAGUUCAAAGGUCAAAAAAAUGGUAGUUGCAACAGAUCCCGGCGACCCCAUCGAGGUGGUGUACGUGCAGAAACACGUGCGGGAGAACGAACUUGCCAAACUUAUGGGGCUCCAGAAAGACUUUCGUAAUAUUCAGCAUCUCCUGAGCGAAACCCAUCUAGAUACAUUUCCGGACAGAGGCGUUAAUCUGAUAAAAAAGCUGACAGCCCUCGAGCUGGAGAUGAGAUAUCUGGGCGAAAAAGUCGCCAAAAUGGUGGUUGUAUCAGAUAACUCAAUGACCGAAGACGUCCCUCGAGAUGGGUUUAAGGGAGAUGAAAAGGGGCCUUCCUGGGAUGACAUACAAAAGGCCACUAACGCAGUACAGCCUAGUACGUCGGGCAAACAAGCAAUGGCAACCCACAUGGAGGAUCGGAAUCUGAUACUGGAGCGUUUCCGUGACCUGCACGAGUCCCUGGCAUCCGGGCCUCUAGAGAACGAAUUCGCAGACAAUCCAGCACUACUAAAGACGCAGCUGAUGCCCCACCAGCUGCAUGUACUCACCUGGCUGCGUUGGAGGGAGACGCAGCGACCAGCUGGUGGCAUCCUAGCAGACGGCAUGGGUCUAGCUAAAACUAUGACGAUGAUAGCGCUGAUAGCAAUUGACAAAGAAAUCGACAUAGACGAUGACGACGACGAGUACGAAGAUCAUACUGGACAGAACACUUGCAAAUUAUUACGCGGCGGCACGCUGGUUGUGUGCCCCGCGUCGCUGAUGCAGCAGUGGGCGGACGAGGUGGCGCAGCACUGCCAGCCGCACCGCAUGUCCGUGUACCAGCACCACGGUGCCGCCAGUGUGCAGAAUCCGCACCGCCUGGCCCCCUUCGACCUCGUGAUCACAACUUACAAUACCCUGCUGCGCGAGACUGAAAAGGUAACUGAGCAGCAUCGCAGCACCACGGUGCCGAAAUGGCGCAGCAGCCGCACGGCUAGGUUAUGGGUUCCAAGACUUACAAAUUUCUCUAUCGCACGAUACGACGAUAUGAAGCGAACGGUAUGA